AGCUACUACGUCUUCGCUAGCCUUCUGACUGAUUCUCUUGCUGAAACUUACAAGUACACAAACGGCGCAGACAAACCCAACACCAAAACAUUGCGAAAUUAUAAACAAUGGCAGACAACGAUCUCACCCCCGAGCAAGAAGCCACUGCCCGCGCCAAGGAAGCCGAGGAACAAGCAGCGCUGCCCUACAAAUGGAACCAAACCAUCGCUGACCUUGACAUCAACAUCACUGUCCCCGGAAACCUCAAGGCCCGAGAUCUCGUUGUCGAGUUCAAGAGGCAGAAGCUCAAGGUCGGCAUCAAAGGCCAAGACCCCAUCAUCGAUGGCGACCUCCCGCACACAAUCCUAACCGAAGAGUCCACCUGGACGCUCACCUCGUCACCGGACGGGACCAAGACAAUCGAGAUCCACCUAGACAAAGCGAACAAGAUGGAAUGGUGGGCGCACGUCGUGACCACCGCGCCCAAGAUCGACGUGACCAAAAUCCAGCCCGAUAACUCCAAGCUGAGCGACCUCGACGGCGAGACCCGCGGCAUGGUCGAGAAGAUGAUGUACGACCAGCGCCAGAAGGAGAUGGGCCUGCCCUCCUCCGACGAGCAGAAGAAGGCCGACAUCCUCAAGAAGUUCCAGGCCCAGCAUCCCGAACUCGACUUUAGCAACGCCAAGGUAAAUUAAGAUACUUGCUCCCUACCAAGUUACGGAAGAGUACAGUUGGGAAAUACCGUGAGGACAUGCUUGCUUGCUGCAUAUAGUUAUAAGGACACACGAAGUAUCAAGAGCACGGAAAGGCUUUGGAAUAAAAGUGCAUCUUAUUAAUUACGUAUGUAUAUAUAAGUGCUACGAGAGAAAUGGAAUGUGCAGGGUGAAACGAAUCGCCAGUACCACGGAAAAGGCAAACAAGACCAAGGGUAGCGGCGUCAGAGAG